AUGGCUAUUCUGCAUGGCACCGGACAGUUUCCCGUCAACACCUUCCUGGACGAGUUUGGUCCACUCAUGUCUGUGGCCAUAAUUUCCGGCUUCCUUGCCAGUUUCUACGCAUACUUCUGCGCUUUUGCCCGCGGCGCUCAGCACCGUAUAACUGGCUAUCCUAUUUAUGAUUUCUUCAUGGGUGCCGAGCUUAACCCGCGCCUGUUCGGCAUCCUGGACUUCCAAAUGUUCUACGAAAUCCGUAUCCCGUGGUUCAUCCUCUUCGGCUUGAGCUGCGCGGCCGCCGCAUGUCAGUAUGAGCAGUACGGCUAUGUCUCUAGCGAAGUUCUGUUCCUUGUCAUGGCCCACUUCAUCUACGCAAAUGCCUGUGCUAAGGGUGAGCACCUCAUCGUUACAACCUGGGACAUGUACCAAGAAAAGUUAGGUUUCUUGUUGAUCUUCUGGAACAUGGCCGGCGUCCCAAUGUCGUACUGCCAUUGCACGCUGUAUCUCGCUAACCACGACCCGUCCACGUAUGUAUGGAAUGAUUACGCACUCAGUGUGAUCUUCAUGGCCUACCUCUUCGUCUAUUGGGUCUGGGACACUGCUAAUGGUCAGAAGAACUCGUUCCGAAUGAUGGAGCGUGGCACCUUCAUGAAGCGCAAGACGUUCCCGCAACUUCCUUGGCAAGAAGUUAUCAACCUGAGGCCAUUGAUACGGAGACUGGUGAUCGAAUCCUAA